GCGAAUUAGUGUGUAUUUAUGCAGCCAUCCUAGACGGAAAUAUUACACAAGAGAGGAGUAUUUAGUCCGAUGACGAAGGUGAAGUGGGUUUUCUCCCCAUUCUCAUUCAUUGACUGAGAGACUACUGAUGGAGGCCUCUCCCUCGGCCUCUUCUACUACUAGAGUAGAGAGAGCGCCCCAGACCCCAGCUCAGACCCAGGGCACAAUGGUGACCGCGUGGAGUGUGGACCGACUCCAACGGCCCAGGAAUGGCCAGGAUGUAGGCUGUGGCCUGACAGCCUACUGGCCUCACUGCUGGUUGCGACAAGUCAGUGAGUCACAAACUCACAAUGCCACAGAGUUGCAGACCAAGGCGGCCACUCAGGCCCUACUAGGCGGUCAGGCCCCAGCCAGGGCCCAGGGACCAGGGACCAGGGACCAGGGCCACGAGUCCUUAACUUACAACUCGAAGGGCUAA